UCCGGCUCUUGAGGUCCUGGUCUAAACUCUGGUUCAAAGUGUUUGGAAGUGCCAGAAUGCCGUGUUGGCCGGUGGCUUGUGUCCUGCUGCUGUCCACUCUGACCAAAUGGAUCAAGAACACUGAAGCUCGGGACUUCACCACAAAAGACAUCGUUCACUUACAUCCCUCAACCACUCCCCAUCCCGGCGGGUUCAAGUGCUUCACCUGCCAAGAAGCCAGAGACAACUACGACUGCAACCGCUGGGCCCCUGAUCUCUACUGCCCCAAAGAGACCAGAUACUGCUAUACUCUUCAUGUCAUGGACUCUGCGGGUAACAGUUUGUCUGUAUCCAAACGCUGUGCCAGUUUGGACGAGUGCCGCUUCACUGGCUGUGCUCCCCUCACUCAAAAUGAACAGCAGGUUUGCUCUUCGUGCUGUGAGGGGAACAUCUGUAACCUCUGGGUCCCACGAAAUGAAAGCAACGCCAUUUUCUCCUCCACUUCUCCUCUGCGCGGCGCUAGCAACAAACUCUCUCCUGCAAUUUUAACCAGCAAUAGUGUCAUUAUUUUAAUCAGCCUUUGGACAUUUACAAGAGACUGAAGAGCAAAAGAGAAUAUAUAUAACGUACUUAACAUGU